AUGGUUCCCGUCUUUGGGUGGGGCCCACACAGCAUCCUGAGCCCAGUCGGGAUCCUGGGGGAGCCCAUCGUGCUUCGAGCUCACACGUGUCCAGCUGCACUUCGGCCUGGGGAGGAGCAGAGAUGGCCUGGAGCCCAGCCCCGGACCUGGCUGCUGCGGGCCUGCCUCACGCCGCAGAGCAUGCGCAGUCACUCCACUGGUUUGGAAGAGCUGGCCCAGGGGAAGACACCCCCACACCACACAGACCUGGAGCGGAGGCUGAGGGCUGAAAAGAUUGAACAUCAGUUGACCCUCGAAGAGCUACAAAACUUAAAUGCACUCUUUCAGGAGCAUGCAAAGAAAGGAAGACAACUGCUCGAUAUGGAAACUUUCAAAUGCAUAAUGAAGCAGAGUAUGAGGUCACCAAAGAAAAGUACUGAACAAAUAGAACGACUUUUCAUGAAAAUAGACUACGACGCAGUGGGCAGGAUUCAGUGGGAUGGCUUCUGCACAUAUCUGCAGCUAGAAUAUUUGGAGCAAGCCAGGGCUUUGGCGCGACAGAAAGAGGUUUCCUUCCUGCUGCCUGCUGUGCUGCAGAAGCUGUCAUACGGGGGGCCCGUGCUGCGCAUUCUCUCUGUGCCUGAUGACACCUUAAUCAUGAUCAGAGAAGAUGGAGCUAUUUAUUUCUGGUCUCCGCAGCUGAAGUUGAAAAGAAAAAAGCAGAUUUUUGGCAAGUCCCGAAGUCGGAAGCCCAGGUGGGCGACAGACGUCAUCAGCAUGCCACAGUACAACAAAUUGAUCGUUGGGACUGGGUGAGUGAGGGAAAUCUACUGGAAGAGGGUGAUCACAGUGUUGGAUCUGUUUCCCCUUAGUGCGCACACACACGUUUGUGGUAUGAGAAUCAAGUCAUGAAACUCAUGGAAAAAAAAAAUACUAGACCUCGCAUAUUAGUCCAAGGUACUACACAAAGUCAUCACUGGGACCUCCUGCAGUGAUGUUGUCCGUUGGGAAGGGAGAGCCUUCUAGUUUUGACCCCAAGUCACCAUCAGGGAAAUGAGGGCAGAGUCUGAGCCCCUCUCCAUGUGCCUCAAGUUGGGCCAUGGCAAAAGGCGAGCAGCUUGUUGGAAGGAAAUUUGGAAGAUCUGAAUCAAGUUUGAAGCAAAAGCAA